UGAAGCUCCUGCUGCAGCUGCUGCAACUUUAUUGUGUUUGAAGCGCAGACAGCGACCCUGCAGCCUUUGAAAUGGCGCUCAUGGACUUAAGCACGCUGCUUUUUGUACAUUUUUGGCUCGUUUAGGUUGCUUUGAGCUCUGUUCUUGUGGUCCAGUGUGCAGGUCGAGACCGGGUCUCUAUCUUUGUGCUCAGGAGAGUUGGCAAAGCAUGAUUUAGUUAAAUUCUUUGCUUAUAUUUACGGUUGCAUAACAAGGCCGCAGCGAACCCCGGUCUUGCGUGAGGAUUACAGCGGCUUUGGAGCGCUUGGCCUUGCCGCAGCCGGAUUUCGAUUUCCUGUCAACUAUUGGAGAAAACGUGCCCCUUUUCACCCCAGGACCACAACAAUAUGACCUAAAUUCCAUAAAUUAGGUCUCAUUAGUUAAUUAAUCACACAACUAUUCUAAAGAAGCUGCGAUACCUUCACCUAAAAAAAAAAACAAACCUCAAGUUCAACUGCACCACCAGCCAGCAUGGCGUCAGUACCAGUGUACUGUUUGUGUCGCCUGCCGUAUGAUGUGACGCGCUUCAUGAUCGAGUGUGACAAUUGUCAAGACUGGUUCCAUGGAAGCUGCGUUGGAGUUGAAGAGGACAAGGCAGCUGAGAUUGAUUUGUAUCAUUGUCCAAACUGUCAGGUUACCCAUGGGCCAUCUGUCAUGCGCAAACGGCGUGGAGCAAACAAGCAGAUAGAUGUAAGUGCAGCAGGAAGGGAUCCCAGUCGACCAGUUAAGACUGGCAGUCCACAAUUUGUCAGGGAGCUGCGGAGCCGCACCUUCCCAAGUGCGGACGAAGUUCUGCUAAAACCAUCUGGAGCUCAGCUGACAGUGGAUUUUCUGGAAGAGCAUUCGUUCAGUGUUCCUGUCAUGGUGCUCAGACGGGAUGGUCUGGGCAUGACACUUCCGCCGUCAUCUUUCAGUGUCAAUGAUGUAGAGCACUACAUUGGAGCAGACAAAGAGAUUGAUGUGAUUGAUGUGUCGAGGCAGUGUGACUUGAAGAUGAGAUUGGGAGACUUCAUUGAAUAUUACAACAGCCCAAACCGAGACCAAGUGCUCAACGUCAUCAGCCUGGAGUUCUCAGAGACCAGACUCUCAAAUCUGGUGGAGACCCCAAAGAUUGUGAGGAAACUGUCAUGGGUGGAGAAUCUUUGGCCUGAGGAGUCUGUGUUUGAGCGCCCCAAUGUUCAGAAGUACUGCCUCAUGGGAGUGAAGGACAGCUACACCGACUUUCACAUUGACUUUGGGGGAACCUCCGUGUGGUAUCAUGUUCUGAGGGGUGAAAAGAUCUUCUACCUGAUUUCCCCAACACCAGCCAACUUGGCACUGUUUGAGCGGUGGAGCUCUUCAUCAAACCAGAACGAGAUGUUCUUUGGGGACCAGGUUGAUAUGUGCUAUAAAUGCUCCCUCAAACAAGGAAACACUCUGUUCAUACCAACAGGGUGGAUUCAUGCUGUCUUGACUCCAGUGGACUGCUUGGCUUUUGGGGGGAAUUUCUUGCACAGUCUUAACAUUGACAUGCAGUUACGAGCGUAUGAAAUAGAGAAGAGGUUGAGCACAGCAGACCUGUUUAGGUUUCCUAACUUUGAGACUGUGUGCUGGUAUGUUGGAAAGCAUCUUCUGGACAUCUUUAGAGGUUUACGAGAAAAUCGCAGACAUCCAGCCACUUAUCUGGUUCAAGGGGCAAAAGCCUUGAACAACGCCUUCCGCAGUUGGACCCGUAAAGAGGCUUUAGCAGAGCAUGAGGCGGAGAUUCCAGAAAACAUCAACACUCAGAUGUUAGUGAAAGAUCUGGCCAAGGAGAUUCGCCUGGUUGAGGACAUCUUUCAACAAAACAUUGGCCGCACUGGACAACAGUUUCCUGGUUCUCCGCUCACUAAAGCCCCACUGACCAGCUCUCAAAAUUCAGGACACCCACCAGUAAAAAAGAAAGGACCUAAACCCAAAGAAGUAAUAGGGGGUCUGGGCCCAACAGUAACCAAGAAGAAGAGUCAGAAGGGGCUGCUUAAAGCAGAGGCAGGAGAACUGGACCUGAUUGAAAUCCACACCAAACAUACACUCAAGAAAUUUCAACCUGGGAAGUCCAAAAACAAGAACAAGUUGGAGUUGCCAUUAGAAGAGUUGGAAGGGAAACUGAGUAAAAGAAAACUCAAGCUCGUAUUGACCAAUGGAAAAAUCCAGGGUAAGAAGGAUGGCAGCAGUAAUGGUGCAGGAGCUGCUGGAAAGUACAAACAUCUUGCCAUGGAGGGGGCCAGUCUGUCUGAUUUGGAGUCUGAAGAUGAGCUGCAGAUUGAUGAGACUCCACCCCCGAGACGCAAACCUCCAGGACCAAGCAAGAAAAAGAAAAUAAGUGGUCUUCCUAGGAAGCUGCCCAGAGCCAAACCCUGCUCUGACCCGAAUCGUAUCAGAGAGCCAGGAGAGGUUGACUUUGACAUUGAGGAGGACUACACCACAGAUGAGGAAGCACUGGCUGCUCAUGGAGUGAAGGGUGGUGCAGGGGGAAUUCUGGACUUACUAAAGGCCAGCAAGCAAGUUGCGGGACUGGACUCUGCAGCACUGAGUGAGGAAGCACCAGCUUCUCCGAGUACUCGUGAUGCUAUCCAGGGAAUGCUUUCCAUGGCUAAUCCCCCCUCCUCGUCCUCAUCUUCAUCAUCUUCAUCUCCAUUAUCUAUCUCUGGAGGUCUGACAGAGGGCUUAGGGGUGGUCAAAGAGAAGGGAGGCAGGGCUGUGUGGGUAACUGGAGGGGUUAAAAAAACAGGAACUUCCGAGAAGAAAGCUGUCAUCCAGCGGCCUGGAAAAAGGCCAAUUAAACGGCCGGCCCGUCACUUAAGUGAUGAUGACAGUCCAGAUGAACAGGAAACCCUGGGAACCUGUUUUAAAGAUUCAGACUAUGUUUAUCCAUCCCUGGAGUCUGAUGAGGAGGACCAUGCUAAUAAAACUAAGAUGAAGCGUAAGAAGAACUGGGAUGAUUCUCCUUGGAGUCCUAAAGCCAGAGUGAUGCCCACCCUUCCCAAACAGGAUCGACCAGCCAGAGAGGGGGCCAGAGUUGCAUCUGUAGAAACUGGUCUUGCUGCUGCGGCUGCCAAACUGGCACAACAAGAGCAGCAGAAGCCUGCCAAAAGAAAGUACACCAAAAAACAGCGCCGCCCUCCUGCUGCAGUCGCUUCUCCCCCUGCGCAGAUAGAGCAGGCGCCAUCGUCUCCUUUACCUGCUUCAGAGUCUGCUGGAGACUUUAGUCCAGAGAGAAGGAUGGAUUAUUUCUCUGCUAGUUUGCUGGACCAUGAAUAUACAGCAGGACCAGGACCUUUUGGGCCUGGAGGUCCUAGAGGUGGUGGAGCCAUGGCCCCUGGUGUGUUCCUCACUUCACGACGACCUUCGCUGUCUCCACAGAACAGCAACUCUCUGUCUGGUGCAUCCCCAGCAAGCCAAGGAAUAACAGGAGUUGGAAAACGUCCAAAGAAAGGGCUAGCAACUGCAAAACAGAGACUCGGAAAAAUUCUUAAAAUCCAUCGCAAUGGGAAACUCCUCUUGUAAAAUACAUUGAAGAUGUGAAAUUAUGAAAAGGGAUAUUGUAGAAGUAAGUCCAGAAAAAAAAUUGAAUAUUCUAUAUUUUGUACUUAAAAUUUGUUUACUGUCCUUACCUGUUAAUUAAUACGUGUUGUUCUGCCAUGAAGCAGGUAUUCAACCAAGUUUGUGGCUGGUUUGUCACUCCAUUAUUUUGCAUUCAGGUAUUUUCAGAGAUACAUCUUUUAUUUUCAACAGAUUACAGUGAUGAUUGUCAUGAUGGUAAUUAGAUUUAGAUCAUGAUAUUAGGACAGUUUGUAAAAAAAAAAAAAAGAGAAAAAAAGACUAAAAUCCAGCAGAACAGUGAUUUUAACUAGCUCAAUUAACUAGCAUAGAAAAAAACUCUUUAAGUUUUUGUUUUUAUUCUUUUCUAUUGAAAUUGUGUUUAUGCAAAUUCAAAAUGUCCAACAUAAUUUUUUAAAGGGAAAGAAAAACACAUGUUGUCACGCUGUUGUCUUGUUGCAUUGAGUUGUAGUUUUAAACCCAAAACCUCACGUGUGGUAAGACAUACACAUCAAUCUAUUGUGCUCAUCAUCAGAAAUCUCUAUUGAUUUUACCAACUAGUUACCAUAUAACUUUUUAUUCAUGUAAUGUAGCUCUGUCUAUAAAUCAAACCAUGUAAACUAAUGCCAAGAUUAACAUACAGUUUUAUUUAUCAUUUUUAUUUAUCAAGGAAAACGUUCAGUUUUAUUUCAUGUGUUUUGUUAUCACCUUGUCUUCAAAGUCCCACUUUGACUUUUUCAACCACUUAAUACAUGUAAAAAAGUUUUUCUGUGGCUUUGUUACUGUUUUCUUUUUUACAAUUUAAGUUGACAAUGUACAUAUUUGUAAUAUUUGUAAUUUAUAUAGCUACAUUUGAAAAGCAGAAAAAUAUUAUAUGUUAAAAAGACUAGUUUUUUGCAGGUUACCUUAAUUUGUCAGGUCAGAUUUAGACAUGUGCUUUCUUUUCACAGAAUGUACUAGCGAUUAAGAAAAAUGUAGAUUUAUUUGUUUAAAUAUGAGUGACGGUGCAGAACACAAUUUCAUAUGUACAUAUAUAAUGUAUGAUGUAAUUUAAGUUCUUUUAUAGUUCCAGAUACUUUGAAAUCUUUUCUUAACAUAACUUGUACAUGAUAAAUUGCUGUAUUUGGAAAAUAUCUGAAAAAAAAAUCCCUUUUUUAUAUUUGUAUGCAGUAAAUGUCAUGCCUAGUUGUGUCGUGUUGGUAUGCUAUUGAAAUGUGUGCUAGACAUAAAUGACCUUGUAGUAUCCAUUUAGUUUUUAUAUUAAUUAUUGUUGCUACCCACUCUUGUGUUGGUGUGUACUGUGUUUUAAAAAUGUACUUAAAAUAUACCUUUGGGCAAAAU